AUGUACAAAUAUACUCUUCUUCUGGUCGCUGUGCUGCUAUGGUCUGUUCCCCUCGUCCAAAGUACGCCAGUGCGUCGCCAGUCAACGGGCUAUGCACCUGUCCUGGCAGUAUGUCCUGCUACUCCUCUGGUCAGAGCAGCCAGCGGUGUUGGUAGUGCAGAAGCUGCGUUCAUUGCGAAUCGAUACACAAUCGCGUCUCAAAAUCUCGCUGCGUGGCUUGCAAUGACGGUCAAGCAUGCAACCUGCAACUCGACGGCGGCAAGUAAAAGAUCAGUCCGGUCUAGGUCCGACUUUGUCGCUGCUCGGGCAGCUUCCCCGGACUGGACCGAAUGGACUGACGUGGACGAUGAUGAGGGGACUUCAACCUCAAGUAAAGCCACUUCAUCAAGUUCCACAUCUACAAAGAUCAAAUCUUCCACGACCUCCGCGACAACAUCGACGAGUGCAUUCACAACUGUCGUCUCAACGUCCUCAGUAAUAUCAACAGGGGCGCCGGCAACUGACACCACGACCACGACUGUUUCAUCAGCGACGACCUCCUCGAUGAAGGACACCAACAGUACUACAACGACAACGACAGGCUCCUUGGCCCCUGCCACUUCAACCAGCGUCUCAACUACUACCACACCGUUGACGUCUACCACCCUGACAACCUUGACCAGCACAUCAGGUCUCUCAACGUCUUCGAGCUUGACCAUUUCUGCAAUCUCAACCAGCUCAACCACAUCCACGUCCACUACUACUACCUCGACCACCACAAGCUCUACUUCUAGCACCACGAUGACUACCACCUCUACCUCAACAACCAGUUCGACCUCGACUACCAGUUCAACCUCAACUACCAGCUCUACAACCAGUUCGACCUCGACCACUAGCUCCACCUCAACAACCAGCUCGACCAGCACUUCUACAGUCUGCAGUACCGAAGCUUUCCAGCCCACGGCAUACCCCUUGAUCGGAUUGACUACUAGUGGUGGCGGUUAUCGAUCUCUUUUGUCAGGUGCCGGUGUCAUUCAGGGGUUCGACGCCAGGGACAGCGACACAGGAGUUUCUGGCGUUUAUCAGUCCCUCACCUACGAAGCAGGUCUCUCUGGAGGCGCCUGGCUUUUGUCAAGCAUUGCGGGAAACAACUGGCCAACAAUCAGCUCUCUACAAACAGGCCUGUGGGAACAAGCAUUCCAGGAUAGUGUUUUGAUACCUGACAACCUCGUCGCUGCUACUGGAGCGUAUGCCGAUAUUACGGCCGACAUCCUCGCAAAGGACCUUGCAGGCUUUCCCCCCACGCUUACUGAUCCCUACGGCCGGCUCUUAUCCUACCAGCUCCUCUACGGGGACGAUGGAGGUGUGACAGUGACCACAUCCGGCCUCACCAGCCUGUCGAACUUCACCAGCUACAAUGUGCCAUACCCUAUAUUCACUUCCCUAGGUGUGCAGACCAACGAAGGCGAAUGUACGCCGCCGCCCAAUGGCACACAAUACGAAAUCCACCCGUAUGAAUUUGGAUCCUGGGACGAAGGAGUAGCCGCUUUCACUCAAACUGAAUAUCUAGGCUCAUCCCUUUCUGGUGGCAGCCCUACCGUUGCAGGUGUUUGCUACACAAACUACGACAAUCAGGGUUAUGUCCUUGGCACGUCGUCGAACCUCUUCAACGAACUCUGCGUCGCGGUCCCGAGCGAGGACGUGAGCGAAGACAGCACAGAUGCAACCAUACUCGGGUUAGCCGAAGACCUUUCGGUGAUCGUUGAUACCGUCCAUGUAGUGACGACCCGCGACAAUUACGCCGUAUAUCCCAAUCCAUUUUUCCAGUACUCCCCGUCGACCCUUGUCGAAAGUCAAGAGGACCUCUUUCUAGUGGACGGUGGCGAAGCUCUUCAAAACAAUCCCAUCUGGCCGUUCUUGCAUCGACCCCUGGUGGAUGUGCUAAUCGUCAACGACAACAGUGCUGACACAUCCGCAAACUAUCCCAAUGGCUCAGAGAUCUACACCACUUAUCAACGUGCUACAGAUGAAAGUCUCACUCGGAUGCCGGUCAUACCGGAUGUCGCCACGUUUAUCGCUGACGGCUUCGAUACUCGGCCGACGUUCUUCGGCUGCAACGAUGCCGAUGUCAUCACAAUUAUCUAUCUGCCCAACCAGGACUACACUUAUGACUCGGGUCAAUCGACGGCAAAGCUGGAGUACACUGUGGCCGAGACGGACGCCAUGAUUGCGAACGGACAGCAAAUUGCCAGCAAGGGUGGUGACCCGGGGUGGCCACUGUGCUUAGCAUGUGGUAUUAUGAAGAAGGCUGGCGGGACGUUACCAAGUGGAUGCGCCGCUUGUUACACUGAAUACUGUUAUAAUUGA